AACUUGUGAUUAAUGAAUUUGAAUGACCCAAGACUGUGUAAUUAGGGCGACAAAUGCCUCUGGCUGGGUAUUUAAAGAGACGAGCGGAUCCGCAUGUCACACUUCUCUAACUACGAUAUUUGUUUUUUUGAGAAAUAGAGAGGAAGAAUGGUUUUCGGAAAAUUGAAGGACAAGAUCCAGGCUGCGAAGUCAUCAGGCUCCGCGUCAUCCGGCAGCGGGGGCUCUGAUCUGGCGACAGCAGCGUACCCGCCCAACAAGCGCGAGAUCUACAAAGCGCGGGUCCAGGAGGGCGUUAACCUUGGCGGGUGGUUCUGUCUCGAGAAGUGGCUCGCACCAGCGAUGUAUUCGUCGUUCAAGGACGACAACGGCGGGGAUGAUUCCGAGUACGCGGCCGUGAGCGCGAGUGUGCGCGAGCAAGGCGUGGACAAAACGAGGGAGAAGUGGGAAAAGCAUUGGGAUUCCUUUGUGACUGAAGAGGACUUCAAAUGGCUGGCCGACAAGCAUGUGAACGCGGUGCGCGUGCCGAUGGGGUAUUGGACGCUGGGCGAGAAGUUUGUGGGCGGCACGCCGUUCGCGGAGAACCGCGUGGCGGAGGUGUACAGGUCUGCGUGGGAAAAGUACAAGAAGAUGAUUUCUACGGCAGGAAAUCAUGGCAUCGCUGUGCUUGUCGAUAUGCACGGCGUCCCAGGGGGCGCGAACGGCGACUCGCACUCGGGCGUCAAAGGCGGCGGAAAAUUCUUUGAAAACAGCAAGCUUGUCGCGCAAGCAGUCGACGCGCUCGCGUUCGUGGCCGAGCAGGUCAAGUCGUUCGACAACAUCGUCGGGAUCCAGAUCGUGAACGAGGCGGCGUGGGAUUCAAAGACGGACGAGUACUACAACUCAGCCAUCCGCCGCAUCCGCGAGAUCGACGCGGGCCAGUACGUGUACAUCUCUGACGCGUGGAAUCGGAGCAAGUACGUCGAGUUUGCAAAGAGUCGGCCUGGAGUCGUGGUCGAUACGCAUGUCUACCGAUGCUUCUCCGACGAGGAUUGCAAGAAAUCCGCAGAGCAGCUGAUCAAAGACGUGCGCGAGAAAGAAGCUCUGGAUUCGCACUGUGUGGUGGGAGAGUACAGCUGCACGCUCUCGGGCUCGUCGUGGGAUAAGGGAGGAGACAGAGAUAAGCUCAAACGCGAGUACGGCCAGACUCAGAUCGAUGUUUUCGCACGAUCAGCCGCAGGUUCGUUCUUUUGGACCUACAAGUUUGCAGAGGGCCGCGGCGGCGAGUGGGAUUUUAGAGAGAUGUACGACCACGGCAGCAUCGCGCCUCCCAAACGCAGCGGCCGCAAAGCGUCCUCUGACGACGCUGACAAGCGGGCUAAAGACGCGACGGCUUCGCAUGAGAAGUAUUGGUCCGAGCACGCGCAGGGCAAGAAAAUGGACCAUGCGCGCUACGAGUCGGGCUUCAAGAUCGGGUGGCAGGACGCAGCUGCGUUCUGGGCGCUGGACGAGAGCAAGAUCGGUGCGCGCGAUGGGUGGAAGCUUAUGAGGACGAACGAUCAUACCGGCCAGAACGGUCAGAGCGAGUUUGUGUGGGAGUUUGAGCAGGGAUUAGAUGCGGGCGUGAAGGCGUUUGAGGAGUCUGUGAAGUGAUGCGUCGUAAAGAUGUAUAUCUGCUCGGUCUAGGAUUAUGGUACAUGUAAAUAAAGUGUGAUAUACUCAACACAGUAACUCAUUCCCCCCUUCUAGAGCGUAACAUAACCGGCACAUUACCAGCUGCUGAUGAUGUCUAGUGGUAUGAUAGCAGCUGGGAUAGCACAUGGCAUUACUGUACAAAAUCUGAUCCACACGAUCUCUUCCCAAA